AUGGAUAAUUUAAACCUAAAUGAAGUAAAGCACAUCGCUAAUAUUUCAAAAGCACGUGGACAGCAGCUACUAGCGCGUCAUUUGCGCCUCCUGGAUGUUAACUUUAACGAGGAUCUUCGUUCCGGAGCUCUUGUGGAUUAUUAUUACGAUGUUUUACAAUUUGCUACAAACCGUGGAAUGCCUUGGAGAGAAGUUGCUCAAAGCUUAAAGUUCGCUGAAGGUUUUUUCCAAGUUUUCAUCAACGCGUCGCUCGUGAAGUCGAUCGCUGCUUUACAUUCGUUGUCGCUCGACUUCACAGCUAACGGGCGCAUGGGGUUGGAAAAUAUGAAGCUGCUGAUUCAGUAUCUAACCAACACUGUGCUCGCUAAUUUCAACCUUUACAAGUUUGUGUUUGGUGAAUAUCGGGAUGAAGAUAGAAAGAAGGCGCAUCUUAAAGUUGAAGUGUCUCAGCCUUGCAUGGAACUUAGGGAGGCACAGACUUUGGAGGUUUGGAGGUAUGAGCACCGUCUGAAUGACAUUAAAAUCGAGGAGGAGCAAAAGUUCGCCAUCCUCCAGAUGGAAGAAGAUCAAAUGAUAAAGAGAGCUUGCGACAAGGAGGCGAGAAUUGACGAGAAAUUAUCGGAGCAGGAAAAGUUAUUGGAUGUUGAUGUUAAAAUCGCUGAAGCGUUAAUUUCCACGCUGACAGCAAACAAAGUUGAGAUUGCUGCGGAAGACAUCGGGAUCGAGAUGAAAAAGAUGAAGACCACAGCUGAGAUCGCGGCAUCCAUACAAGCGGUCCCUCUUCCUUCAUCCAUGGAGAAACCUCUGCAAAAAAUCCCGAAACCAAAAUCCCCGGGAGCUUCAAGGAAAUCUUCCGGCAAGUCGACAUCAUCCAAGAAAAAAAGAAAAUAA